CUGGCGUGCCCUGCUUUUGUUGCUCUCUAGAAGUUAAAAAAAGCAAUGCCACUUUUUUGGAGGCUCCGGCUUGUUACGCACGAUGGCCAAGUCCCCAAGUCCCAUUAUCAAUGACGCGGACUGAUUGGCCAACACUCAGCCCCAGCACGCUGACCCCUCUUAUCCGGACAGACCGGUCCCGGUAACACAGGGGGUGGAUUUCUUAUCAAGCUCCGAUCGCAGCCAGUAAUCGGACCUGCACACAGACCCGCUCAUCUUAUCGUGUCUGCUUUGUGCAUGUCGAAACCCUAAAGCUUCUAACCACAAAUGAAGAACAUGUAAUAUAAAGCAACGUAUGUACCCGCCAGGACCCUGAGUUUUUACAGCAUCAGACAUCUCAUCUGCUGUAUCCUCUAAUGACAGACUCCUUGAAGCACGUGACUAGCAUUUCCCAGCACGAGGUAUCGGACGAGCCGUCCAAAUGGCAGAAGUUCAUCAAAUUUCUUCAGGUUGAAGACAACGCCGGGCUUCUGGCCACACAGCGGUAUUUGUAUAAUCAUGACUUGAAGCCCGUGGAGGCAGCGCGGAGAAAAUGGUCUUGGUAUAACUACGUGUCGUUUUGGAUCGCAGACUCGUUCAACAUUAAUACCUGGAUGAUUGCCGCCACCGGAGUGGAGGCGGGCAUGACCUGGUGGCAAACGUGGCUUUCCGUGUGGGUUGGUUAUUUUUUGGCCGGUGUGUUUGUGUCGAUUUCGGCGCGUGUCGGAGUGGUCAACCACAUCUCGUUCCCGAUCGCCACCAGGGCGUCGUUUGGCAUAUUCUUCGGCAUCUGGCCAGUGAUCAAUCGUGUGGUCAUGGCCUGCGUGUGGUACUCCGUACAAGCAAUGGUGGCAGGACCAUGUAUUGGGCUUAUGUUGCGGGCCAUUUUCGGCCAGAACUUGGACCAGACCAUGCCCGACGGCAUCUCCAACAACAACGUGACUACGUUUGAGUUCUUGAGUUUCUUUCUUUUCUGGUUGUUCUCGCUCCCGUUUUUGUGGUUUGCGCCUCACACCAUCCGCCACUUGUUCACGGUGAAGGCGUACAUUGCGCCCGUGGCCGGCGUGGCGUUUUUGGUCUGGACCUUAGUCAAAAGCAACGGGGCGGGCCCCGUGCUCAACCAGGCGCUGACGCUCCAGGGGUCUGCACUUGCAUGGGCGUUUGUCGAGCUGACCAUGAACUCAUUGGCCAAUUUUGCCACGUUGAUCACGAAUGCCCCGGACUUCUCACGUUUCGCCGAUAAGCCGUCGUUUGCCAUCAAGUACGUGGUGCAGACGGUGUCGAUCCCGCUCUGUUUCUCGAUUACUUCUUUGAUUGGAAUCUUGGUGACGUCCGCGUCCACGGAUUUGUAUGGCGUGACCUACUGGUCGCCGCUUGAUGUGCUUGGCCGCUUUUUGGACGACUACACCUCGGGCAACCGGGCGGGCGUUUUCUUCAUCAGCUUGGCCUUUGCCAUCGCGCAGCUCGGCACCAACAUCUCCGCCAAUUCGAUCUCUUUCGGCACGGACGUUACCGCGCUUUUGCCUCAGUACAUGAACAUCAGAAGAGGCCUGUACCUUUGUGCGCUUUUGGCGUUGGUCGUGCAACCCUGGAACUUGCUUUCCAGCUCGUCCAAGUUUACCACCUAUUUGUCCGCGUACUCGGUGUUCCUCUCGUCGAUCAUUGGCGUUAUUUGUAGCGACUACUAUGUGGUGAGAAGAGGCUUCCUCAAGUUGACGCACAUGUACUCGUCCCGGGCACCGGAGAACAAAGCCGAGUUGUCUUUCUACAUGUACAACCGUUUCGGGCUCAACUGGCGUGCGCUUGUGGCGUAUAUCUGCGGGAUUUUGCCCAACAUUGUUGGUUUUGUUGGCGCUACUUCCGGCGAGGACAAGGUGCCAAUGGGAGCAAACGAGGUGUACCGCCUCAACUUCUUCAUGGGCUUUUUCUCCUCGGGUAUUGUUUACGUGGGCUUAACGUAUUUCUUUCCUGUGGCUGGCACUCCUGACGUCAAGUUCUUCCAAAAAGGCUGGUUCGAGGAGCCCCAAGAUGUCGAGGACUUCGAGCUGGAGUUGUUGGGAUCUCUUCACGAUGGUCACGAAGCUCCGGAAUCAGUUUCCACUGGCAGCCUGGCGAAGAAAUUUUUAGAUUAAUGGGCAUGAAUGAUUAUGUGAAUAGUGUAUUUAAUGGUUGGUACAAUACAAGAAAUUAUGUGAUG